AUGGACUCUUCGAAGGAAGCUCUGAAAGAAAGGAAGAAGAUGGCGAAGGACGAGAAGAAGAGGCAGAAGCUUGAGAAGUUUCUGGCCAAGAAGACUCUGGAGAUCGGUGUUUCAAAACCCAGGAAGGAGUACAGGAAGGAAGGAUACGACCCGCUGCAGGUUGAGGGCAAAUGGUACAAGCUUUGGGAGGAGCAGGGGCUCUUCAAGCCUGUCGAGGGAGGGGCAAGAUAUGUUGUUCCCAUUCCUCCUCCAAAUGUAACGGGGAGCCUCCAUAUUGGACAUGCGAUGAUGGUUUCUAUCCAGGAUGCAGUGUGCAGGUACAAGAGGAUGUGCGGAUACGAAGUUCUGUACAUUCCUGGAACGGACCAUGCGGGGAUAGCAACACAGAAUGUUGUGUCUAAGCAGCUGGCAAGAGAAGGAAUUGUUGUUGACAGAGAAGGGUUUCUGAAGAAAGCUUGGGAAUGGAAGGACAGGCAUGGAUCUCGGAUAUACGAACAGCUCAAGAGGCUGGGGACGAGUGUGGAUUUCGGCAGGGAAAGGUUUACUCUGGACCCUGGAAUGAGCAGGGCUGUUGCCGAUGCAUUUGUAAAGCUUUAUGAGAAGGGCCUUAUAUAUCGCGAGCCGAAGAUUGUGAACUGGUGCAGCAGGCUGUUGACAACGAUAAGCGACCUUGAGGUGAACCAUGAGGAGGUGAUGCCCAACACAUAUCUCCAGGUGGACGGGGGGAAAUACGAGUUUGGGGUGAUUUACCACUUUAAGUAUCCAAUAACUGCCGACAAAGGGUUUUCUGGAGACCAUCUCUCCCUGCCGACCAUUGAGGUUGCAACAACAAGACCAGAAACCAUCCUUGGAGAUACUGCAGUGUGUGUGAACGGAAGGGACUGUAGGUUCAGUCCCGAGGGAAUCAAGGAGAUGCUUGGAGAUGUUCCACAUGGAUGCAGGAUUUAUGGGGUGAAUCCACUAACUAGAGAUGUGAUUCCUGUUAUCUUUGAUGACUAUGCAGACAUGAGUUUCGGAACCGGGGUGGUGAAGAUAACUCCAGCACACGAUGCAAAUGACUUUGAAGUGUCCAAGAGGCACGGACUUCCAUGCAAGGUUGUAUUUGACGAACAAAAUAGAGUGGUUGUGGAGGGUGAGUUCAAGGGGCUGAAGAGGUUUGAGGCGAGGAAGGCUGUUGUUUCCAAGCUUAGAGACGUUGGGCUGUUUGUUAGCAAGAAGGGGCAUCCCCAGGUGAUUCCAAGGUGCUCCCGAUCUGACGAUGUCAUAGAGCCCAUUAUCAAGAGUCAGUGGUGGCUGAACUGUAAGGAGAUGGCCAGAAAGGCCAUUGAGGCUGUUGAGGAUGGAAGGAUAAGUAUAUUACCAGAAGGUGCGGAGAAGCAGUGGUACAAAUGGCUUGGAAAUAUCAGGGACUGGUGCUUGUCCAGACAGCUGUGGUGGGGACAUCGAGUACCUGCGUACAAAGCGCCGUCUGGAAAGUGGUAUGUCGGAAGAACAAAGGAAGAUGCGUUUCUGAAGAUGAGAAGCGAGUGUAUGGGGUCUGACUGCGAUCUCUCCGAGCUUGAACAAGACGAGGAUGUAUUGGACACCUGGUUUUCGUCCGGGCUAUGGCCAUUUGCUACGCUAGGCUGGCCUGAGGAAACGGAAGACUUUCUGAAAUACUAUCCGAAUACCUUGCUGGAGACGGGGAGUGACAUUCUCUUCUUCUGGGUUGCAAGGAUGGUGAUGCUGGGCCUUGAGUUGACAGGAAAGGUGCCCUUCAGUCAGGUUCUUCUCCACGGGAUAGUGAGGGAUGCACAUGGAAGAAAGAUGAGCAAGAGCCUCGGAAAUGUCAUCGAUCCGAUUUUUGUGAUCGACGGGUGCUCUCUCGAGAAGCUUAUAUCCACAAUGAGGAGCGGGAAUCUCGAUGAGAGGGAGGUGAAGAGGGCUGAGGCAGUUCUGCGGCAGGAUUUUCCGAAUGGGAUAUCUAGAUGCGGGGCGGAUGCGCUUAGAUUCGCCUUACUUUCAUACACAUCUGGAAUGAAGGAUAUCAAUUUGGACGUGCUUAGGGUGGAAGGAUACCGAAGGUUUUGCAACAAGAUAUGGAAUGCUCACAAAUUUGUGAAGACUAUGGUUGACGAGCUAGCGGGGAAGAAUGGGAAUGGCCCUGUGUGUAAGGAUGAUUACGGGAAGUACAUCGUGUCCUCUGCUGAGCUCCCGGGUCCUUCUGAAGAGGGUCCUGUUGAAUGGAUUCUCAGGAGAAGGAACGAGACGGUUGAAGAAAUCCGACGAACGCUUGAUUCAUUCAACUUUAUGGGUGCUACACAGGCAAUUCACCAGUUCUUUAUCUACGACCUGUGCGAUGUCUUCAUUGAGGUUGUUAAGAAGAGCAAGAACGAGAAAUACAUCAGGGUGCUAUUUAGAGUGUUCAUCGACUCGAUGAAGAUGCUCCAUCCAUUCAUGCCAUUUAUCACGGAGGAGGUGUUUUCAAACUACUUCAAUGGUUCGAUUUCUGUUUCACCGUAUCCAGAAACAGACGGAUCCGAGCAUGAGAGCAAGUUCUCCGUAACUCUGCAGAUCACAAGGCACAUAAGGGCGAAGGCAGAGUCAAACGGAUGGAGCAAAGCUGUGGUGGAGAUUGCUCCCGGAGGAGACGUCAACCACGCAGAUUUAAGAUUCAUCCGCUCGCUCUGUAGAAAGAUCGUCGAGCUCAAAAUAAUAAGCGAUGCCGAAGACGGUCCAUACGAAAAAGUUGGGGGCUCAAGGGUCCUAGUGAGACAAACGGAAUGA